AUGUUCUCCCGCGAGUCAUCAGAAGAGAAGACCACCGGCCCCGAGCCAGAAAAGCAGGCCACUCCUGUUACCUCUGAACAGAAGAGAUUGGAACUGGGAAACAUCACAGAGGAUCCGGUUGAAGCCUCCGUUUUGUUCACCCUGGACAAUCCAUACCAUCCUUUCAACUGGCCCCUCUGGCAGAAGUACCUUAUCACCAUCGUUUACUGUGCUUUGCAAACUUUUGUGACUUUGACCUCGACAAGUUACGUUGCUAUUGAGUUUUUGGUGCAGGAGAAAUUUGGUGUCAGUACGCAAGUUUCUGCCUUGGGGCAAUCGAUGUUUAUUUUGGGCACUGCCAUAGGACCAGCUUUUCUGGGCUGUGCUUAUCCUAAGAACAUGCCAAUGCUUGCAAUUUUCAUGUUUAUCAUUGGACUUUGUGGCUCCACUGCUCUAUCCAAUGUUGCUGGUACCAUUGGAGACCUGUUUGGAAAUUCGGAUGUAGCCUCCCAACCAAUGGCGCUGUUUGUUUUCUCUGCCAACACGGGUCCGUCCGUUGGAGGUGUUGUUGGAGAGGCGAUCAGUGAGAAUAGCAGCUUAGGAUACAAAUGGUUGUUCCUUAUUAACAUCAUAGUUGGCGCCGCCUUUUUUGUUGGCCUAAUGUUUGUUCCAGAAACCCUGCCAAGAAUUGUGAUUCCAGAAAGAAUGGCUAUUGAAGGUAAAAACGUGCCGUCUGUUAUCAAGAGAGAGUUCAAGUACUUCUUCAAUUCAGUGACUGGCAAGAAACAAGACUUCAUGAACGAAGUUACCGAUCCUAAGGAUCCAAACACCACCAUCGUGGUCGAAAAGGUCAACGCAAUCCAUGAGAUGAAGUUUGUGUGCGUCAUGGCCUUGAAAAUGAUGGUCACCGAGCCGAUCAUCAUCUUCCUUGGACUAUUCAACGGUUUUGCCUAUGGUCUGCUUUUCCUGUAUCUGGAUGGUAUCUUCGACGUUUUCGUCUACAACAACCAUCUGUCAUACAUGGAUGCUGAGGUGACUUACUUGAAUUUCGUUGUGGGUGUUGCAUGCGUCGUUUGUAUUGUGCCGAUCCAGACGUGGCUCUUCAAACGUGACAGAAAGAAGAACGGCGGUGUUCCUAGACCAGAAGCCAGAUUCUUGCUUUCUCUUGUCACUGUCUGGGGAUUCCCAAUUUCGUUGUUUUGGUUUGCCUUCACCUGUGAUGGAAGCGUCAAUUAUUGGUCGCCUAUCAUGGCUGGAUUUGUUCUGGGCAUUGCCGAUCCAUUGUUGUGGCUCGCUAUGUUGAACUAUAUCAUCGACAGUUACUCGGAGGCAGGAUUGAGCAACUCUGGAAUUGCUGCUUUUACCAUUCCUUCGUUCUCCAUUGCUGCUGCGUUGACUCACGCUGGUAUCGCGAUGUUUGACGAUAUGUCUGCAAAAUGGGCUAUGGCUACGUUGGCAUUCAUCUCUCUGCUGGUGGUGGUGUUGGUUUACGUCUUCUACUUCUUUGGAGCUAAACUCAGAGCUUCUUCGAAACUCGCAAGAAUUAGUGGAGUCAAAGCCUCGGCUUGA